UUCGGUCAUCGUUUCGAUCGUUCUACUCUAAAUCCACAACUAAAAAACCCGCAACCGAGCAGCUCUGCGAUAGAAGAAGAGUUUGAUCAAGCUUCCCCCCCGGCAACUACCUCAGACGAGUGUUGAACAUGGCCAAUUGGCGUGUGGCAAGUGGCUGGAUGGCGCCCAUGCGUCUGCUGGGUUUGGUGCGCGGCAAGUCCGACUACAGCAAGACGGCCAAGAACCUGAAGAUCAGCAAGGAAACGAAGCUGCUGGUGCAGGGCUUCACCGGCAAACAGGCCACCUUCCACUCACAGGAGGCGCUGAAGUACGGCACCAAUGUGGUGGGCGGUGUGUCGCCCAAGAAGGGCGGCACCAAGCACCUGGACAAGCCGGUCUUCAAGAGUGUCGCAGAGGCGACCAAGGAGCUCAAGCCGGAUGCCACCGUGAUCUUUAUACCGCCGAACAAUGCCGGCGCAGGCAUACGGGAGGCCAUCGAGAGCGAGAUCGGCCUGAUUGUGGCCAUCACGGAGGGCAUACCGCAGGUGGACAUGGUCCGCAUCAUGCAGAUGCUGCACUGCCAGGAGAAGUCCCGCCUCCUGGGCCCCAACUGCCCGGGCAUCAUCUCGCCGGAUCAGUGCAAAAUCGGCAUCAUGCCGGGCGACAUCCACAAGCGCGGCUGCGUCGGCAUCGUCUCCCGCUCGGGCACCCUCACCUACGAGGCCGUCCACCAGACCACCAGCACCGGCCUCGGCCAGACGCUGUGCAUCGGCUGCGGCGGCGAUCCCUUCAACGGCACCAACUUCAUCGACGGCCUGAAGCUCUUCCUGGCCGAUCCCGAGACCAAGGGCAUCAUACUCAUCGGCGAGAUUGGCGGCACGGCCGAGGAGGAUGCCGCCGAGUUCCUCAAGCAGCACAAUGCCGGCUGCAAGGCCAAGCCCGUGGUCAGCUUCAUUGCCGGACAGACGGCACCGCCCGGCCGUCGCAUGGGCCACGCCGGCGCCAUCAUUGCCGGCGGCAAGGGCACGGCCAAGGAGAAGGUGAAGGCCCUCGAGAAGGCCGGCGUCAUUGUCUCCCAGAAUCCCUGCCACAUGGGCUCCACACUCUACAAGGAGAUGCUCCGCCUCAAGCUCGUGCCCAAGCAGAAGUCCGCUGGCUCCAGCAACAAGAAGUAGCAGGUCCAAUUCCAGUUAAGAGCUUCCCAUGCAAGCAAUUACAAAUUAAGAAAUAAAAUGCAAUAGCCCAACC